CUGAAACUGUUCUUGUUUACUUGUAGAAACAACUCGAGAUAUAAAGAGUAUUAAGAAAUGUCAAUCUUUAGUGCAGUUUUCCAGAAAUGUGACAGUUCCAAAAUUUUAAUAAUUCAUACAACUUUAACAAAAUCUCACCUGUUGCCACUUCAAGUGCUUGCAAGAGCCUUAGCUGAGGAAAGAAAUCAUGAAAUUACUUUUUUAUCGGCGUUUCCAAUGUGGAAAAAUAUCACUAAUCUCCGUGAAUUUGCAAUUCCAUAUGACGAACAUGACAGAGACUAUAUUUACGAAAUAUCAGCAAAUCCAGAAAAUCAAGGAUUUUUGAGCAUUAUUAGUCAAAUAUCAAAGAUCUACAGUAAAAUUGGCAACAAUACUCUUCAAAUGACAGAAAUGAAGAAUUUAAUGAAAAAUGAAAAAUAUGACUUAUUAAUUCUCGGUUAUUACACCAAUGAGUACAUGUUAGGACUCGGAGAUCAUUUCAAGUGUCCAACAGUUAUGUUUAGCCUUUACAACAUGAUUGCUAGUUUACAUCGCAUCACUGGAAAUCCAUUUGAUUUAGCAGCUUCAAAUCAUUUUAUGAUACAAGGUGUGAAGCUUGAUUUUCGAGGAAGAUUGAAGAACUUAUGGAUAUACGGAUUUGACUAUUUUAUAUUAAAGAAUAUGUUUGAGUAUUAUGGAAAGGAAGUUUACCGCUACAACUUUCCAGCAUCUCAAUACAGAUCAUACAGUGAAUCUCUAAAAAAUGUGUCACUUCUUAUGUUAAACUCACAUUUUAGUACAUCAGGACCCCGUCCACUUCUCCCAAAUAUUAUUGAAGUUGGUGGACUUCAAGUUAAAUCUAAGCCAUCGCCAUUACCAAAGGAUAUAAAAGACUUCCUAGAUAAUGCAAAAGAUGGUGCAAUAUUGUUCAGCCUUGGAUCAAAAGUUGACAUCUCACAUUUUUCAAAUCAAACAAUGAAAAUUAUCUUUAAUGUUUUCUCAAAACUAGAACAACGAGUCAUCAUGAAGUGGGGAUCAUCAAAAUUAAAAAAUAAACCAGAUAAUGUUUUUACCAGUUCAUGGCUGCCUCAAGAUGAUAUCUUAGCACAUUCAAAUAUUAGACUUUUCAUUUCACAUUGUGGAAUCGGAUCUGUUGUUGAAGCUACAUAUCAUGGAGUUCCAAUUAUUGCUAAUCCAUUGCUUGGAGAUCAAUUUGGGAAUGCAAUGAAGGUUGAGAAUGAAGGAUGGGGAAAAGUUGUUAACUUGAAAUUCAUAAAUGAGGAGGAAUUGAUGAAAAUGAUUAUGGAAGUUUUGAGCAAUCCAAGUUACACAUCAACAGCAAAAAGAUUGUCAGCAUUACAGAAAGAUCGGCCACAAGAUGCAAAGUCGUUGGCAAUUUAUUGGAUAGAAUAUGUAAUAAGACACAAUGGAGCUUCACAUUUGCAUUAUCCUGGUGCUGAUUUGAAUAUUUUACAAUCUAAUUCACUUGAUGUGAUUGGAUUCUUGCUAGUCUGUUGUUACUUGAUGUACAAAAUCAUUUCUAAAGCAGCAAAAAGAAUUUUAAAGUUGAGAUUUUUUUUUUAUGAAAAAUAAGGUUGAAUAAAGUUUUAUACGUAUCCAUGAAUUGGGAAUUUUAUUAAGUUACAGUAAUUAUUUUUGUAUGCUUUGGAAUUAAUUGGAUGAGUAAAUCAUCAAUUGUACUU